AUGGAGAAACGCCGUCGCGUGGAGACCAAAGACGAAGGAGAAUCCAACCAAAUCCCGACAUCAACAACCGGCGUCGGCGAACAAGAAACAGACCGGAUAUCGCAACUACCCGACGAGAUCAUCCAUAAGAUCCUCGCUCGCUUAGAACCCUCAAAAGAAGCUGCAAAAACCAGCGUCCUAUCCCAAAGAUGGGCCGACCUCUGGCGAUCUUACCCAGUCCUGAAAUUCCACGAUACCCAGUUCUCGUCGAUCAAAUCGGCCAAGAGAUUCGCCGAAUCCGCCACCAAAAAGUUGGGCGAUGGCAGUAACGGUACUCUGAUCGCCAUGGAAGCGAUCAGGAUUGAAUUUGACAAGUUUGGAAGGCCGGCCGACGUCACCUGGGUCGACCCAGAAUUCUGCUCUGUUUUCCUCGACAACAUGUUGGAGUUGGCUAUAAAGAGAUCGACAUUAAAGCCCGCUUCGAUUACAACAUUGACAGGUUCGAAUCCUUGGAUUUCGAUGGUUCGAGGACAUACACCAUCCCACGGAGCUUAUUCCUGCCCAGAUCCAAUCCCAGUCACCAAUUAA